GGGGCCUCGCGUCGCCCAGAAGCACCGCGAGCUGCGGAUGGCGCCGGCGCGGGGUGCGGGGCCGGGGGGCCUGGGGCCGCGGCGCUGGCCCCUGACGCUGCUGCUCUGGCUCACGGCGACUCCGGGCUGGUCGCCGGCCUCGGGCGGCCCCUCCCGGCGGCCCUGGCCCGUGCCCUACAAACGCUUUUCCUUCCGCCCAGAACCAGAUCCUUUUUGUCAAGCUAAGUACACUUUCUGUCCCACUGGCUCGCCGAUCCCAGUUAUGAAGAAUGAUGAUGUCAUUGAAGUCUUUCGACUACAAACCCCAGUAUGGGAAUUUAAAUACGGGGACCUGCUGGGACAUUUUAAAAUUAUGCAUGAUGCCAUUGGAUUCAGGAAUACCUUAACUGGCAAGAACUACACAAUGGAGUGGUAUGAACUUUUCCAGCUUGGCAACUGUACAUUUCCUCAUCUCAGACCCGAAAUGGAUGCCCCUUUCUGGUGUAACCAAGGAGCUGCCUGCUUUUUUGAAGGAAUUGAUGAUAUCCAUUGGAAGGAAAAUGGGACAUUAGUUCUAAUAGCAACCAUAUCAGGAAACACAUUUAACAAAAUGGCAAAGUGGGUGAAACAGGACAAUGAAACAGGAAUUUAUUAUGAGACAUGGACUGUCCAAGCCAGCCCAGGAAAAGGAGCAGAGACAUGGUUUGAAUCCUUCGACUGUUCAAAGUUUGUGUUAAGGACAUAUGAGAAAUUAGCUGAACUUGGAACAGAGUUCAAGAAGAUAGAAACCAACUAUACAAGGAUAUUUCUUUACAGUGGAGAACCUUCUUAUUUGGGAAAUGAAACAUCUAUUUUUGGGCCAACAGGAAAUAAGACUCUUGCUUUAGCCCUAAGAAGAUUUUAUUACCCUUUCAAACCACACUUGUCAACUAAAGAAUUUUUGUUGAAUCUCUUGCAAAUUUUUGAUUCAGUGAUUAUACACAGACAGUUCUAUUUGUUUUAUAAUUUUGAAUACUGGUUUUUACCUAUGAAGUACCCUUUUGUUAAAAUAACAUAUGAAGAAAUCCCUUUACCUAACAGACAUAAAACGUUCACUGGUUUAUAAAACUUUAAUUCUACUUACUGCUUUUUUUUGUCUAGCCACCAGCAUUAUUUUUUUUUUUUUAUUGGUACCAGGUAUCGAAUUCAUGACUGCCUGCUUGCAAGGCAGGCACUUACGCCGCUGAGCUAAAUCCCCAGCAUCUGUUUUUUGGCAGGUGAUUUUAACAUUUGUGGAUUUCUUAGCUUUCCUCAGGUAAAAUGCACACUGGUAGAAUUGUUAUGUGUUAAUAGCUGAAGACUAUUCUUGGAAAGAAGCUGAAAUUCUAUUAUAUGGACUAAAAUGAACAUGUUAAGUGACCCUGAUUUCAAUUCCCAAAUCCAUUAGCAUGGAGAACAAUGGUUCUUGUGCAGUAUGUUUCUUAGGUUCUGAUAGUGACAUUUUCAUGGUAGAAGUUAGUCUCUCUAGUAUGGUAAUUACACUUUUUCAUGUAAAAAGUGUUAGUUUAGAAUGACUUUACUGCUUUUGUAACUUUUUUGUUUUUGGUACGGAAGAUCAAACUGUUGACCUUGGGCUUGCCAGGCAGGCACUUAUGCCACUGAGCUAAAUCCCCAGCCUGCUUUUGUAGCUUUUGAAACCAGGUCUAGUAUUCUGUGUUCUAUUCAGGUAACUUGAAAGAGUUGUUUGGACAACAUAGCUGGAGAGAUUUUGCUCCCAUAUGUGGUAAAGUGUUAACAGCCAAAUUUCUACCAUGUAGUUUAUAACUGGUUUUAUGAUUUAAGCAACUUAACAUCACUAUACCUCUAUAGAUAAGUUUUCUGAUCUCUAUAAUGAAUCAUGUCAGGACUGUUGUAAAGAAUGGGGUAGUAAGGUCACAAGGAAUGGUAAUUAUGAUUAAUGUGUCAUCUUUGAUCUUAAGUUACAUGCCAGCUCUCCUACAUUUUGUAAUCAUCUAGACUUUGAGCUGAUAGCAUAGUACUUAAGCAGUUAUUAAACCUUGUGGGGCAUGGAAUUAUCUAGCUGCAGCCAUGUCUGGAUAGACAGGUACUUCUAACUCCAUUCUGUUUUCUAUAGUUCUUCCUUCUCCCACAAAUGCUACCAGUGAAGAGGGUGCACUUUGCAAAGACAAGAUCUCCAAGUCACUGUACUUGUUAGGGGUACCACACAAAUUUUUAAGAUCUUAAGUAUGUUAUGAUCAACUGAAUACAUUUUUUUCUAUUCAUGGAAAAUACAGUAAGAUGGAGAUCAGAGGAAGCAAUGUUUCAUAUAUAAAAGGACCAAUUAUAUUCUUCAGUUUCACCUAACAUUGGAGUGUUUCCUGAGAGGUUAGUACAUUAUUGAGCUCUUAUAAAAGCCUAAUCAUACUGCUUACCUCACCCAAAUGAGUAAAUAGGAAUCUAUAAAGGUUAACUGACCUGUCCAUGGAUACCUACCUAUAGAUACUAAAUUCAGAUGAAAUCAGACACUGAAGUUUUUCAGUAUUCAAAUGUGCAGUCCUUGGACCAGUGCCUAGCCACCAAAUGUUACCAGUCUGUGAAAUAAGUGGAACUACUUAGGGAAAACAUUUAGAAUCUUUUAAAGCACCUUAGUUUCUAUUGAGCUAAUUAACAACAAUAACCAAAAAACCCUCUGGCACUUGUGUUUUCUGUCAGUGUUAUUUUAUUUGUCUAGGCAAUUUUUAUUUUUCAAGUGUUGGUCUCAGUCUGAAAAUAAAAAUGCAGUUACCCCAGAUAGCUUGAGCAGCGCUGUUCUGCCUAGGCUUCCUCAAAAGCACAGGCGGAAUUUUCUUCCACUGCCCCUCAUUUGGCUUACAAUGCCUUUAACCAUUGCUAAGGGUUGUCUUUUUAACCUGUUUUAGGAUCCUCACAAGAAACUGGAUCUUUGCAUUAUCACCAUCUAGUGGCUAAACCAGGCAACACCAGCUCCUACCAAAUUGGUGACAUUGCACUGCCAAAUUAUUCUGGAUUUCCAGAUCUGCACUCAAGUGUUAAGGAAAUAUUCUUGUAUCACAUAUCUUAGCACUUGGUUCCACAACAAAAUAAAGACAUUUUUACAUGAAA